AUGAUCAGCCAGCUCGGAGACGACCUCCUCGUCCAGAUUCUCAUCCGCCUCCCCGACCCGAGACCCGCCUGCCGCUGCAAAUCCGUCUGCAAGCGGUGGAAUUCCCUCAUCUCCACUCCCUCCUUCAACCGCCGCUUCGUUCAUCACCACCGUAGCUCGAAUCACCACCUCCCUCUGCCGGACGAUCCGAACGAGCUGCAAUCGACCAUCCGGAGAUUAGGGUUUCUCCCUCGCGCGUACGUUCUAAACGAUCUGAGAGUCCUCGAUUGCUUCAAGGACUUGGUUUUGUGCGGGUUCUGGGAUUUGUAUAACAACAACGACAUACCGGGGAGAUCGUACUUGAUCUGCAAUCCGUUCACGAAGCAAUGGGUCGCCCUUCCUCUAGCGCCUAAAAAGCGUAUAGGGUACGAACAAGCCGUCGCGAGGUUAGUUUGCGAACCCCGAAACCCUAAGAAACUUUAUCUGGGAGAUAACGACGAACCAGCGUUCGUCUAUUCUUCCGAGUAUCGGUUUCGAGUGGUGUGUAUUUAUCAGGUGGGAUCCAGUACGGAGUCUGUAAAACUGGACUUGUUCUGCUCGGAGUCUGGGAAAUGGACGAAGGAGGCCCUUGUUCGUCCUGGUCACAUCAAAAUUGGGAACAAGAAUGUAACUUCGUGGAAUGGGGAAUUGUUGUGGGUGUAUAUUGAGACCCGAGAUUUCGAUGCUGGCCGGAUUGAUCCCGUGGUGGCUGCCUGGAAUCCUUUCCGCAUUGAUAUACCUCCCACUUGUAUCGACGUCUCUGCAUUCUAUGAGAAAGAGCGGUGGGACAUUUCCGUAUCGCAGGGUGCUCUGCACGUAGUUGCGUUAGAAGAGCGAACCGUGCCUACUUGUUCGAGCGUUUGGAGGCUGGAAGAAGACCGUAAAUCGUGGAAGAAACAGCGUGAAACGUUGUUGAAGACAGCAGUGGGGUUCAACUAUAAAUCUAAGAGCAGUUGUCUACCUUUUCUUCAUCCAAAUAACCCGGAAGUAGUCUUCCUCCAUUGUAGGGGCGGUCCGGAUGACAAUGCUAUAUUGUCCUGCGAUUUGAGGAGGGGAGAGCUCGAGUUCUUUGCUAAACUAGAAGUACUUGCGUGCCGUUUUACUGUGCUCCAGCCUAUUAGGGUGGCUUGCUGGCCGACUCCAAUUCCAAGGUACGAGGAGUUGCGCGAGGCAUGUACGAUGGAAGUUACAGCUUUUGGGUUCAGAGCAGCACUGAAGCAACUACUCCGUCCCUGAAUAAUUGGUAAUUACUUCUGCUUAUAAGAACUUAUUUUCAUUUCUGCACUAACUAACAAACUAACUGACUACAUUAUCAUGCACAUACUUGCAUCUCUUAUCUUGUUCUUAGUUUGCUUGAGCAUUUUAUGUUUUGAUUGCAAACUCUUUGCCUACUCUUUUAAGCUGAAAUUCGAUGAUGAUGAACGUGUUGUCUCUUUCAUUCUCUUGCUGUUGUGGCUGUUAAUUGCUCCACUGAGACAAGAAUGCCAACUAGUUGACCGAGCUGCGAACAGUUUGGUCAUCAGAUGAAUGACAACAUGGCAACAUAGAUGUUGAAUCAUUCCUGGAAUGUUUUGUGAUCGAUCGGAAGAUGUUAAUGGUGAUUGGUGAGAAACGCACUAAUGUAUCUACGUUCCCCUGUGUUAUUGGCGAUGAUAAGAAAGCCCUGCCACUUGUUAUUUAGCUUAGUUUUCUUCUUCUUUGUGAAGAUAAUUUAUGUAGCUAGACAUCUUUAUCUUUUUUAUGGUAAUCUAGUACUACUGAUGAGAGGAGAAACUGAUGUUAGAUAAUGUUUGCUGUUGGUGUCUUAUAAUGGAAUUGGUAGAAUCUGGAAUGCAAUUUAUUGCUUGCUUAUGCUUGAAGGUGUAUGAAAUUGUACCAAUGAAAUGGGGAAAUAUAUAUUUAU